UUGGGAACAAUGGCACACGAACUCGCUCAUGCUCUCGGUUUGUUUCACGUUCAAUCAAGGUAUGAUCGCGACCGCUAUGUUCUUAUCAACAUGGGAAACCCUAGUCUGCUGAAAAGCGACUUCAAUAAAGAGACAACGGUGACAAGCACACAUUAUGAUAUACCCUAUGACUAUGGUAGUGUAAUGCAUUAUUCAUCCACUGCCUUCGCCAUCUCUAAUACGCAACCUUCGAUCGUUCCAAUGGAUAAGGAUUAUAUGGAUACCAUGGGAUCACCUUUCGUAUCAUUUUACGACGUACUAUUGAUGAAUAAGCACUAUGGCUGCCUUGCUACAACAAAAGCGGAAACAUUGGAGAUGAGUCUUGGAAGCAAGGGCAUUGCUGCCUUGGCUGUACAUGAGAAGUGCCAUUUCUGGAUAACGCCGCAAGGAAAAGGAAGAAGGAUCCAAGUUAAACUCAAUGAUGUUUACUCACAAUGGGUUGGUGAUGGUUGCACUGCAGGAGGAGUGGAAAUCAAACCGCAAGUGGAUCAGCGUUUAACGGGAUAUAGGUACUGCAGAUUUUCGAGCAUAGGCAAAGCUUUCGUAUCAACAAAUGAGGCAGUUCCUGUCGUAAUCUACCGUGAUCGAGGACUGGUGCAAGUUGCAAUAGUGUAUCAAAUGAUUUAA